UUCCUUCUUUCUCUCUCUUUUAUUUUUUUUCUUUUUCUUUUACAAUUCAUUUUUACGACUCUACAUUGAUUAAAUCAAUAACGUAAUAUAAGAUACCUAUCGUUUAACGUGGGAACGAAAAUUCUAAAACUAUUGUUGACUGUUCGUAUUCGAAUUCCUCUCUCGCUCUCUCUCUUUGUCUGUCUGUUUGUCUUUUUCUCUUUCUCUCUUUCUAUCCUUCUCUUUACUAUAGGAUUCGCUUUAUUAUGGAUAGCCGGAAAUGACCGUAAUGAGUUACGGAGGGAAAUAAAAGCGACUGGUCUCGAUCGUUAUGAUUCCUAUUUUGAGCGAAUUUACAUUCAAUUACACUUUCUAGGCAAUAAUCUACAGCGAUUUUAUUUCAAUUUCGUUCAACGUUCGGUAUAUGAGAAAAUUCAUUUUCCUCGAUGAGACGAAUCGUCGAGAUAGCAUUUCCGAUUCAUAAAGCAAUUUUAUUGAUAUUGAUUUUCUAUAUUUGUUGAUUACAAUACCAUUGAAUUAUUAAUUCUAUAAUGUUGAUUACGAUACUAUUGAAUUAUUAAUUCGUAAUAAUUAGAAUUGAUUACGAUAACAUUGAUAUAUUAAAAGAUAUAUAUUUAAUGACAUUCAUUGACGUAAUAUUAUUAUUGUAUAAAUCAACAUGACAAAUAUCUAUAGAAAAAGUGGUCUCAAUAUUCUCGACAAUAUUCUAGACGAUUUAAACAAUAAACUACUCUAAAGGCUUGUAAUUUUUUAAUUUAAAACUUAUAAAAAUGUCUCGAAUGUUUUAAAUCAUCUAAGAUCUUUUGAUGUUUAAGAUCGCUUGGAAAUUUUUGGAUCUAUCUUGUAUAUACUGGAAUGAUAACAUAGAAAUAUAAAUAAAUAUAUUUAAUAAUAGUAAUAAAUAUCAAUAUAGGUAUAUAUAAAAAUAUAUGUUAAAUUAAUAAAGAAAUAAUUCAUAUAUCAAUAAGACGAAGUCUUCUCUAUAUAAUGAUCUUCUUAAAAAUUCGAUCGCGUAAGAUAAAGUGGGUCGUAUAAAUGCUGGUUUUAUGCACUUCUAGGAAGUCACCAGGAUGCAUCCAUCCAUCUUCUGAAUGUUCGACGUAAUUACAUGCUUGAAAGAUGAGCGAAGCGAACUCGCCGACGUUUAAAGUGCCUUCCACAUAUACACAUACGUUUGACUUAGUAGAUAUUGCACCACGUGUCCAAGCGAGUCUCUCAUUAACAUGAAACAAGGGACAAGGAAAUAACUUUGCGAGAGUCGCAUGACGAAAUUUCCGGUUGCCGGAAUCUUUGAAAUCAGGAAGUCGAAGGAUCGGCCUUUUCCUUGUUUCGACGGUCAUUCACUCGUAGGAAGAUUAGAACCUUUUUCCUACGAUCGAAGUAAAACAAUGGCCGAUAAGAAUCAAGAUACCAUCAGACUGAAAGCUUCACGUGCGACGAGAUUCUCCUGCGCUCAGAAUCAGCACGGAGAGACUUACCUUCACCUAGACCUUUCUUUCUCUCGUACGAGAGGGGAUCCACAUAUAAAAGGUCUCUACUGGGUUGGCAUGGCAUCAGAAAGCACAUUUCACUUAACCACUCGGUAGUCGGCUGACCACGAGAAUUAGUUACAAGAAUACCAACUUGACUAGUGAUAUGCGUUCGUUCAUACUUAUGGGGCUAUUUGCCCUUGCUUUUGCAAAUGUCUCUUGUAGAGAGACAAGAGGUGAAAAGCCUCAAAGACCACAUCGACCACCGUUAAAGGGUAAACGUGGAGUUAGUGACUAUCCCUUAGGAUAUUCAUCCGGGGGUCAUUCCUAUUCUUCACCCGUAUACUCAGCUGUUGGAUCUGGCUAUAGUCUAGGUGGAUCGUCAGGCUCUAUUUCUCUUGGACAUUCGGGUCUUCAAAGUUUGCAGAGUUUGGGAGUCGGUGGUGGUCAUGGUCUAGGAUAUUCCAACUCUGGAUUAGGAUCUUCAUUGGGAUAUGGAAUGUCUGUUGGUUCUGGUUUGGGUCAUGGUGGAGGUCUUCAAGGUCUCUCGAGUCACAGCUCUUAUUCUUUGCCAAGUCUACCUAGCAUCAACUUAGGAUCAGGCGGUGGAUCAAGCGAAGGACUCUUCACUCCUUCAAAGAACGGUCCGGUUACUUUUGGAAUUCAUGGAGGUAAUUCGAUUGGUGGCACUGCUUCGAGUACUUACUCUACACCAAUUUAUGCGUCAGGAGGUCAAGGACUCUCGGCUUAUGGAAGCGGAUCGAGCGGACUUUCCAGUCUUCCUUUAACGUUAUCAUCUCCUCACGGUUCUUCUUCCUACAAUCUACCAACUGUAACCUUGCAAUCGUCUGGUACUUCUACUGGCUACAGUCUCCCAGCAAAUUCUCAACCUCAUACGGUAUCCGGAGGAUUGGUCUUAUCAUCAGGAUCCCAUGGAGGUUCAUCGGGCUAUACUCUACCCGUAUCAUCGGGAUCCUCCCAUGGAAUUUCUCUAAGCGGUCUAUCUUCUGGCUCGCAUGGUGGAUCGUCCGGAUAUAGUCUCCCUAUAAGUUCAGGAUCUCACGGUAUCUCUAGUUUGUCCAGUAAUUCAGGCAGCAUAUCCGGUUACUCUCUAGCACCUGUAUCCGCGUCAUACAGCGCACCCAACUCUCACGUUAGCCUAUCCAUCGGUUCCUCCGACGGAUCCUCUUACUCUCUCCCAGCAUCCUCCGGAUCUCAUUCAGUUUCGGGAUCCUCCAAUUCCGGGUCAUAUUCAAGCUCUGGAUAUUCUCCAGCUUCUUCGGAUGGUAGCUCUUAUUCUUCCAGCGGAAGUACGAGUUACUCCAGUCCAAGUUCUAGUUAUUCAAGCCCUAGCAGUAGUUAUUCCAGUCCUAGUUCCAGUUAUUCAAGCCAGAGCUCAAGCUAUUCGAGUCCUAGUUCCAGUUACUCGAGUCCUAGUUCCAGUUACUCAAGUCCUAGUUCAAGUUAUUCCGCUAUUUCCAAUGGUUAUUCCUCGAGUUAUUCCAGUCCAUCUAAUUCCUAUGGUUCACCAUCGGAAUCUCAUGGAUCUUAUUCGCAUUUGAGCCCAAGAUAUAUCAGUUAUCCAGUGGGUAAAGCUUACGAAACUUUAACACCUGGCAGCUCGAAAUAUGAUACAAUUUCAUAUUCGAGUCCCAAUGGAAAAUAUUAAUAGAUUGCGAUAUAUAAUAGGUAUAUAUACAUAUAUAAUAGGUAUAUAUACAUCUUAGCAUGAUUAAAUUAGAUCCAACGAGAGAUCUCACUCGACCAUAAUAACUGUUAUAUCUUGCCGCAGUGGUAGUAGAUUGUAAUCGUACAUUGAAAUCACGAAAAGAGAAUCUUGAUGCAGGUCGACUGUUAAUAUAUUACCAAGUACGGAAGACCCAAGAUUGCGAAGAAUUGUAAACGUAUUUAUAAUGAUAUCUAUUAUAAUUAAUAGUUUAUUUAAUGUAUGUUUUUUUAUUUAUAAUAUCGUUGAUAAUUCACAGAACGUUAUUGCAAUUUUACAUAUAUACAAUGUCGACAACGUGAUCCUUGUUGCAUAGUUUUUUUUAUAUUAUAUAUAUAUAUAUAUAUAUAUAUAUAUAGACACACACACAUACACACGUAUAUAUUUUUUUCCUUUUUGUAAUAAAAGCAGUUCCUUUGAAAAUACCGAAAGAGUUGUUUAUCGUUAUUGUGAAAGUUCGAACGACACGUAAUGAUACUGAAAUACGCUCAUGCUCAGAGAGGACGGUAAUAAAAAUAAUAAAAGAGUAACAAACGAAAAGAAAAAAAAAGAAAAGAGAAAAAAAAGGUCGUCCGGUAGUCAUGAAAACGAGAUCGCUUUUACUUCAAGGCCGAGCCAGCCAGUCCUCUACGUUUCGCAGAACGCCUUUCUAAAUCUUUAUUUUAUUUUGGAAAGGCAAUUCUUUAUCGUUAGGCAAAUCUUUAUAUGUACGUGUACAAAGAAGUUCACCUAAUUUAAAGCCAUCAAGAUCCGUGAUAUCAAAAUUGAAAGUUGAUAAUUUACUAUUAUUAUUAAGGUCUUGCAUGAUAUGUCAAACGAAAUGACUAUUCGUAAAAAAUAAUCAACUGUUCACGUAGAAAGUCAUGUAAAUGAAAAAAAAUAUAUAUAUACAUAUAUAUAUAUAUAUGUGCACAUAUAUAUAUUAUAAAAAGACAAAUUUAUAUAAUUUAAUGUCCUUAGAGAUUGGUUUCGUAUUCGCAUUAAGUCGAAUUACUUAUUGAUUUAUGACACGACCAUAAGAGAUUUGACCCUGGAAAAGUAUGAAUGAGGAAAGCCAGGAAAACGAGGGACUUGCAGAUAGAAGGAAAUAACUUCAAUGAUAAGUCAGAUUUAAGAUGUCAGGAAGCGAAGUGAAAAUGAAAAAUUCAUGAUCUCAUCGAGAAAAGGAGAGAGAUCGAACGAGAUAUCGAAGGGGCAACGUUCGUACCGAUACUCGACUAAUGAAUCUAUCAUUUUUCAUAUCGAUUAUUAUUUUUUCACAUCGAUUUCGUUUCUUCGUUACUCUCUAAAGUGAAGUCAGAAAAAAAAAGAAUUAUAUAUUUUUUUUUAAUUGACUUCCUUCCUUCAGACAUCGCUCUAUAUCGUUUACGCUAUUAAACGACCAAUGACCAACUCGUUUUAUUUCUCCAACGCCUUUCGUAUUUUCACUUGGUAAAUUAUUUCUCUUUAAUGGUCUCUCUUAACAGGUAUACUACUACAUAAACUAGCACCUACUCUUACUACCAUCGAGUAAUAACGCAAAAAUAAUAUCACCGUAUCUUAGUUAGUACAUAUAAGAUUCUUUGGUUAAUUAAGAAUAUUUUAUCUAGAUGAGUAGUUGAGAGAAUAAAAAUGUGAAAUAAAGGAAAAUGAAAUAAAAAAGGAACGAAAAAUAGAGUUUUCUCGUUUCUCUUUCAAAAAUAUCGGAGAGAACUUGUUAUAAAAGAAUUAUGUUGACAUUCAUAAAUCAAUAUAUAUAUAUAUAUAUAUAUAUAUAUAUAUACAUAUGUAUAUACAAUAUUUUCUCUUAUCAUUUAUCUCUAUCAUAACAGAAAUUUGUUUCGAAAGCGGCAUCAAGUGAACUUAACACGUGUCACUCGUGUUAUAUUAUACAUG